GCCCUGCCAGAUAGGCCAUUUUUGCCCUUAGUUUGUAGACUAAGGGCAAAAUGGCCUCUCUGGCUGGGCGCAUGCGCACAGCGCAUUUCGCCCGUGGAAGCUUCUAGACACUAACAACCUACCUUCUACGCAUGCGCAAUACCAUAGCCCACGCUGUGCAUGCGUACUGAAAAAAAAAAACAUUUGCACGAGGCGUGUGGUGUGUGGGGACUGACAAGGACAACCAGCCAAACAAUCGUUUAACAUAAAGAAUCAAGGCUCAGGGAUACCACAGGUCUCCAGCAGCCUUCUGAGCAAGAAAAUGUCAAGCAAGAAGAAGCCAUCGGGAGCAUUUCAUCGUAAAAGGAGGUUGCAGCAUAGCCAAGAAGACAAGAGUCAAGCUAAAGCAUUAAAAAGGUUUUUCACGACUUCACCAUCAUGCCAGACAGGAAAGCCAGAGACAACUAAAUUGACUGAAUCAGAUCAUGCUGAUGACGGAAAGAUACCAAUCUCUGAGCCUCUACCAGGACCAUCAACCAGUCAAGACCUUCUCACUGCAACUUCAGCAAUACCAUUACCACCUUCCUGUAUUGGCAUUACUGGGACUGACACUGAAGAUGUGGAUGAGGAUUCAUUAAGAGAUGCAGCCCUGCCAUCUACUAGUCGGCAAGCUAUUGAAUCGGAACAAAGAAGAGACCCUUUGUUAUUUCUUUCCAAUGAUUGUGGAGAGUGGCCACUCAAAAUAACUGAUGAGGCACGGAAAAUAAUUGUUGAGCGAGGACCACAGCAAGUCAGAGGCAUAAAGUUUCCUAAGGACAUUCAUGGCAGAAAAUUUUCCCCAUUUCAUUAUUCAAGGAAGUUGUGUAAUGGAGAGCGUGUCAACAGAUAUUGGCUACAGUAUUCUGUAUCUAAAAAUGCAGUGUUUUGUAUUACUUGCAAAAUUUUUGGAAACGACACAUCCAGUCUUGCAGGUAGCCAAGGGUUUUCUAACUGGCGGAACUUGAGCAGGCUUUUGAGCGGUCACGAGAAAUCCCGUCCUCAUAUGGAAAACCGUUCAUCUUGGCGUGAGCUCUCGCAACGUUUGCAUUUAAACAAAACUAUUGAUGCAGAGCAUGAAAGACUUAUUAAUGCUGAAAUUAAACAUUGGGAUCAAAUUCUGAAACGCUUGCUAUGUGCUACACGGUUUUUGGGGGUUCAAGGAUUGCCAUUUAGAGGGACAAAAGAUGUUCUAUUUGAACCUAAUAAUGGCAACUUUUUAAAAUUGAUAGAACAUAUAGCACAGUUUGAUGAUCCGAUGGCUGAACAUGUGAGAAGAAUCACUUCCAAAGAAACACAUGUCCACUAUUUGAGUAAAAAUGUCCAGAACGAGUUUAUUUCUUUCUUGGCAGGCAAGGUCCAGAAUAAUAUUUUGGAACAACUACAUGAGGCAACAUAUUAUUCUAUUAUAUUGGACUGCACACCAGAUAUUAGCAACACCGAACAAAUGACGUUGGUGGUUAGAUUUGUUACAUGUAAAGCAAAUGAAGAUAUCUUGAUUAAGGAACAUUUUUUAGGCUUUGUUCCUGUUGCCAGUCCUUCAGGUGAAGGUAUGACAGAAAUAUUACUCCAUGAGUUGGAAGCACGACGUAUUCCAUUAAAAAACAUGAGAGGCCAGGGAUAUGAUAAUGGUUCUGCAAUGAAGGGAAAACAUGUUGGAGUCCAGAGGAGGAUCCUUGAUUUAAAUCCUAGAGCCUUUUAUGUACCAUGUGGAAACCACUCCCUGAACUUGGUCAUAAAUGAUGCAGCUAUGUCUUGCAAGAUUGCAGCAGACUGUUUCGCCACCGUACAAGACCUCUAUAACCUUUUUUCAGGUUCCCCAGUAAGAUGGGGUACUUUGUUGAAGCAUGUUUCAACUCUCACACUCAAACCACUUAGCAGUACUAGGUGGGAAAGUAGAAUCGAAGCAUUGUUGCCUUUGAGGUUCCAUAUUGAAGAAGUAUAUGAUGCCGUAUAUGAAGCUUCUCAUGAUCAGAAAUUUGAUGGACUCUGUAGGAGCCGUGCUGGUGCUCUUCUUAAAAGACUGCAAAGCUUCACAUUUCUGUGCAGCAUAGUGACAUGGCAUGAGAUCCUGCACAAGAUAAAUAUUGUUAGUAAACAGUUGCAAAAAGUGUCAAUCGAUCUUCAAAAUUCUAUGGCUCUUAUUAAGAGUGUGAAAAGUUUUCUAGAAAGGAUGAGAUCUGAAGAAGGUCUAAAUAGCAUCAUUACAGAUGCAAAGGAACUGGCAGAAAAAAUCGAUGCUACUGCCGACUUUGAAAACGAACAGGAAGCUCGACCGAGAAAAGUAAGCAGACAAUUUUCGUAUGAAUGUAAAGAUGAAGCUGUACAUUCUGGCAAAGAGUCUUUUAAAGUGAACUUUUUUUUUGUUGUGCUUGACACAGCAAUAUCCUCAUUAAAGGAGAGAUUUCAGCUAAUGGACAACCAUAGUGGAAGUUUCAAAUUUCUGUAUGACAUUUCAAGCCUUGGGAAAUGUUGGAAUGAAAAAGAAUUGAAGUACGCCUGUCAACGCCUUGAAACUGUUUUGACAGAUGGAGAAGACCACGAUGUGAAUGCUGGUGAUCUGUAUACAGAGCUACAAUUACUUGCAGAUAUGCUUCCCCCUGGAAGUCUCCCAGCUGAUGCCUUGUCUUUUAUAAAUCAUGGUUCGGAGGAUGUUUUCCCAAAUGUCUACACUGCAUUGAGAAUUCUGUUAACACUUCCAAUAUCCGUGGCCAGCGGUGAAAGGAGUUUUUCAAAAUUGAAACUUAUAAAAAAUUACUUAAGAUCUACUUUGAGUCAAGAGCGCUUGAGUGGACUAUCAACCUUGGCCAUUGAAAAUAGCUUGUUGGAUGACAUGGACACAGAUUCCCUAGUACAUGAGUUUUCCAAAUUGAAAGUCAGAAAAAUCAGGUUUUAAUUUUUACAAGUGUUCAAGUUAAUUUGUGUUAAGGAAAACUGGAUGUUAAAAAAUUAAAAUUGUUGCAAAGUUUAUUAAAAUAUUUAUUUAUUAAAUUAUUAUUAUUAUUAUUUGUGUUAAGGAAAACUGGAUGUUAAAAAAUUAAAAUUGUUGCAAAGUUUAUUAAAAUAUUUAUUUAUUAAAUUAUUAUUAUUAUUAUUAUUAUUAUUAUUAUUUAUUAAGAUUGGAGUUAAUUCUAUGUAAUGUUACUAUAUGAACAUAAUGUUGUUAAUAAACUUCUGGUUGUAAGGAAAACUCUUUUAUCCAUUCUAUUCACCUCUACCUUCUACCUUUUAUUUCUCGGUGAUUGGGGGGUUUUUUUGGGGGGGGGCACCAAAAUCCUGUUUCGCUUACACUUGAAAAUUUCCUUGGGCCGGCCCUGACUGGGACCAAUAUAAAAAGUAUAUGGACAUGCAGUAAGAAACAAGCCUUGUUACGGAAGAAUUAAUUUGGACAUACCAAUACAAUCAGGACUGAAAAACAAUUAUAAAGUUGACUUAAAUGGAUCCCCAAAAGGGAAGAAGGGAAGUACAAUAAGUAUGUAAAUGUGUAUGU